CUGCAGGGCGGCCCAGCAACGAAUAAUGGUAGCGCUGUCGUGCCACUGCAGGAAUGCCAUCCGACUGCAUAUUCGUGCAUGAAAACCGUGGACCUCACUACGAAUAUGGCGUCCUACUACUGCUCAUCGACAAACUGCACUACUAGGGUUAUGUUGCAGACUGGUGAAAUAAGCGAUGUGGCGGUAUGUUACAAUACAACCAACGAUCUUCAGAUGAACUGCUGCUGCUACACAGAUGGUUGCAAUUCGUCCGGUGCGCUCCGCCGCUUCUCGUCUUUGGAAGUUGCUGGGAUGAUUCUCAUUUUUUUCUUUCUUGUUUCAUUUUAA